CUCGCUGGGCGUGGGAGCAGUGUGGGUUGCUGAGCUGAACUACGUGCGAGAUUGUUUGUAGAACCGGUUUUUACAAGUCUGACUAGAGCUCAGGCCACGCCACAACUCCAGACGACCUUCACGAAAAAGGGCACAGCAGCAACUUGUUUAGGAACGAAGCCUGCUAUAUCACCGAUACGUAAACCACACCACCAUGGCACAGCAAGUACAACAAGCCAAGGGAGGAGCAGGACGCUCUGUCAGGAUGGAACAGCUAAGUGCAGCGAACACGGAGUUUGCGCUGAGCCUGUAUCGCCAGCUGUGCGGGGACGGCGGGAACGUGUUCUUCUCGCCGUACAGCAUCUCCGUGGCGCUGGCCAUGACGUCUCUUGGCGCUCGCGGCAGUACGGAGGCCGCCAUGAAGGGCACGCUGUGCUACAAGGACAUGUCUAAUGACGUCCUGCACAGCACUUUCUCCACACUGCACCAACAGCUGUAUGCUAGUGACAAGUACACCCUGCAGACAGCUAACCGUCUGUACGGGGAGCAGACCUACAGCUUCCUGCAGGACUUCCUCAAUGCCACCAAGAAGAACUACGGGGCAGAGCUGGCUUCUGUGGACUUCAAGGGGGCAGCUGAGCAGGUGAGAGGAACCAUCAACAAGUGGGUGGAGGAGCAAACCAAGGACAAGAUCAAAGACCUGAUCCCAGCAGGAGCAGUGGAUGCAAUGACGAGGCUAGUGCUGGUGAACGCCAUCUACUUUAAGGGAAACUGGGACAAGCAGUUUAAGGCAGAAAUGACCCAGGACAUGGACUUCAACAUCAACAAUAAUGAGAAAGUCAAGGUGCCUAUGAUGAAGAUGGAGGAAAAGUUCAACUACGGUGAAUUUCAGGACCAGAAGUUCCGUGUCUUGGAGCUUCCUUACGUGGAGAAGGAACUGAGCAUGCUCAUCUUCCUUCCAGAUGAAGUGGAGGGUAUCAGGAACCUGGAGUCUGCCCUGACAGCAACGACCUUGCAGACUGUCAGCAGCCAGAUGUACAGCACCAAGGUCAACCUGAUGCUGCCCCGCUUCAAACUGGAGCAGGACUUCUCACUGGGUGAAACCCUAAAGAAGAUGGGCAUGGGAGAGGCUUUCAGCGAUGGAGCAGAUUUCUCUGGCAUGUCGGCAGCCGCGGAUCUCUUUAUCUCUGAGGUGGUGCACAAGGCUUUUGUGGAGGUGAACGAAGAAGGAACAGAGGCCGCUGCCGCCACAGGUUUGGUGCUUAUUGGGAGAGCAAGAAUGCCACGCCCUCCCAUGAAGUUCUUCGCCGACCAUCCCUUCAUCUUUCUCAUCAGAGACAACCGCUCCAACUCUGUCCUCUUCUUCGGCAAAAUGCAGAAGCCACUUUGAUUCAACACUUUCGAUUGAUUUGCAACGAAUCAUCAGUUCAUCUUUGGGAUAAUUUAGUUUGCAAAUGUGUGCAUCUUUCCUUAAGACAGUCAAGAACCGAAAACAGACACAGAUACAUUUGGUUCCAGGUGUGAGGAUGAAGAUGAGAAUGAUGCCACGCCCUCCAGUACCGUUCUUGGUCGACCAUCCCUUCAUGUUUCUGAUCAGGGACAACCGUUCCAGCUCUGUACUCUUCCUCGGACGUAUGUCCAAACCCACAGAGGGGUGAUGUCACUUGGAAUCUUCUCUCACCUGGUUUUUGGUUUCUUGAUUUCUGUAAUCUGUAAUUCCGUGCCUUCAGGUUACUUCUAAGUGUGCUAUAGGAAAAAGAGUCUGAGUGUGUUAAGUUUUUAACCCUCCUCAUGCCACUUCUGUCAAUCCUAACGAAUGUAGAAGGGUGAAGAGCAGGGGGAAGGUUAAUUGUGAAAUGUGAAAAAUUGUCAGUUGCUGAAAUUUAUAAUACUUAAGAGGAAGUGACAGUUGCUUGGAAUUGUACUCAAGGAGGGGAUCAAGUCCAUAAGAAAUGCAUGGAGUCACUGUAAUAGUUACGUAAUUUACGUACCAUAUUUCCCUAAUUUGAAUGAAGAACACUACUGGGUAGUAGUAAUAAUUCCAGACAAAAAUUAGUUAAAUCUCUGAAGCAUGGAUUUUUUGCCAUAAUUGUAUACUUGAUAUUAAAGAUUUUGAAUGUUAAGCAGUGAUUUCAUUGAGGAAUAUUCUUAAUAGUAUUAAAAUUGACGCUUAAAGAUUAAUCUGUUGCUGCAAUGUCAAGAAUGUCAUUUCAAGUUUAGUAUUGUAAUUAUGAUGUCUAUCAAAGUAUGUUAACUUUACUACAAUGUAUAUGAUAAUGACAACCAAAUGCAGUCUUGCUGUUUUGCAAUCAUGGUGUAUGCUUUAUUCUAUUUAGAGGUACAUGUAUGAUCAUGAGGUGUGGUACAUGAGUCUUAGAAUUCUGGAAUAAAUCUUUGAUGACAAUCUUUGAUUGGUUUGAAUUUUUAUUCCAAUUUUCACCACUUCUUGUAAUACAAGUAAUAUUACAUCAUUGACAUGGGAGAUUCUGAAGUUGGAAUGCUUCUAGCUUUUUUGACCAUAAAACUCUGUCUGUUGAGGGCUCUUGAAAUACACCAUAAAUACAGUUUUAUGACAUUAAAUUUACGUUGUAUGUUUGUU